CCUGGCGGCCGGCUCGGCUGCGGCGUCGGCGUCUGCUCAGAACAGACCCCGCCCGUCGAGGAGGAGGGAGGGCCGCAAAUAUCGACAUGCUGCUGGAGGAGGUCCGCGCCGGCGACCGGCUGAGCGGGGCGGCGGCCCGGGGAGACGUGCAGGAGGUGCGCCGCCUUCUGCACCGCGAGCUGGUGCACCCCGACGCCCUGAACCGCUUUGGCAAGACGGCGCUGCAGGUCAUGAUGUUUGGCAGCCCCACCAUCGCCCUGGAGCUCCUGAAGCAAGGUGCCAGCCCCAACGUCCAGGAUGCCUCCGGCACCACUCCAGCCCAUGAUGCAGCACGCACUGGAUUCCUUGACACGCUGAAAGUGUUGGUGGAGCAUGGCGCUGAUGUCAAUGCACCUGAUGGCACCGGGGCCCUCCCCAUCCAUCUGGCAGUGAGAGAGGGCCACACGGCUGUGGUCGGCUUCCUGGCUGCCGAGUCCGAUCUUCAUCACAGGGACGCCAGGGGGCUCACACCUCUGGAGCUGGCAAGGGGGAGAGGCGCUAAGGAUCUCAUGGACAUACUGCACAUACCACUGUGACCUGGGGCCACCCACUCCGGCAGCAGGACCCGGCUGGGUUCUGUGUCAGAAGAGGAGGGAAGAAACACUUUCUCCCUUUCUUCCUCCUGCUCACUGCCGAGGGGCACCAGUUUGUGGCUUGUUGGUGUUGAUUUCUGGGGUGUGUGUGUUUGAGGUACAUUUCUGAUUUUUUUUUUCUCACCCCUUUUGGUGUGUUGGGCAGAGAAGGGCUCCUGCAGGCAACAGCCACCUAAACGGUUCGGUUUCCUCCACGCCCCGACUGCUGGGGCUACAGACGAGUCCCAAGGGCAGAGCGUUUAAAGCCCCAGCGCUAGAGUGAGGUCAUCGCUUCCAAGGCUCCUGGAACCUGUCGACCUUGGCUGGCUGUACCGAGAGAGAGACCUCAAGUGUGCACACUGCUUUCCGGCAUGGGGGAGGGGGGAGUGUUCCAAAUCAAUAAAAGGGUAGUAUGAGUUCAUUCAUAUUUUGUUGAAAGCUUGGUUUCCAGUCCCUUGUACAGCGUUAAAGAAAAAAAAAGUCUAUUUAUUAUGAUUUAUGGAAGAAAUUGUUGUGUGUGUAAUUUAAUGUUUUUACCCAUUAAAUUAAGACUUGUGCAUGA